GAGAGCUGCGGCGGUGGGCGGCGAUCAAACGGUGUCCGGCGCGCACGGACGCGAAGAGAGUAUCACGUCGAGACGGGCGCGACCUUCGUCGUAGCGCAGCGAGCAGAUAACCGGUUUUUCACAGCAGAUAAACUUCGUCCUAUCGUACGUGGCGAACAUUGCGUUCGGGAACAACGUAGUUUCCGCGUUGACGACGGCGAUCGGCGCUAGCGCUGGCAUCACUCUCACCCAGGAGGUUGGACGUGUGACCUGCGAAUAAAUAUCACGAUCUAUCGACCACGUUCGUAAUUGCCGUUGAAUAGAUCCUUAAGAUCGCACGAGGAUGUGGUUCCGACUGCUGACCCUGUUGCUUCUGGUGUGCUGUUGCCACCUCGCCGCCGCUUCCAAGAGGAUAAGAGUGGACGGCAAGUCUUAUACGGUAUCGGCGUAUCAGGAUGACUGCAGGAAGUACGUGAUGUGCAGCGAGGGUAGAUGCAAGCUGGAGACGUGCGAGCCCACCUACUUCUUCGACCCGAUGACCUCCACUUGCACUCAUCGGGCGCGUGGCUCCUCUAACUGCGACUUCAAGCUCUCGCGGAAAUCGCGACGCGGCUGAAAUCGCCGAUGUGUAUCGUAAAUGUAUUUCCCCUUCGUGACGAGGUUUCGAAGGAGCUCAAAUAAAAUGCUGCGAUAGAACAGCAAUCCCGUUCAUUUGUUGCA